GGCCACGCCGGCGACCACGAGGUCGAGGGCGUGAUCGUGGGGAUGGUGGGCGCCCGCUUCGAGCGCGAGGGCGUCAUGGAGUGGCAGGACUGCGUGGUCACGCCGGAGCAGAACACGGCGGAGCGCGGCUACGGCGAGGACCCCCCGCAGAAGCGCUGGUUGGUGCGAGAGUGGGGCAGGUUGUGGGGUGCGGGGCCGCUGCCCACGUGGGAGCAGGCGCAGCAGGCGCAGCAGGACGCCGAGGACGGCUUCGUGCCGCUGUCGAGCCGGAUGCUGCUCAACGCGAGGGUCUACAAGGCGCGGAUCCGCCUCUCAGCCGAAGAAGAAGGCGUACGUGCACGUGGUGGGCCUGGGCCUCGGCGUGUGGCAGGUGUCGCCUCGGCAGGAGCAGCUGUUCGUGGACGCGUGGGGCGAGGCGCUGGCCGCCGUGGACACCGCGCACAUCGGCCACGUGGACUUCAGCUGGAUCAAGGCGUCCCAGUGCCACGGCGCCGGCGACGGCGACGAGUUCCCGGGCACGAGGGUGGUGGUGCACUUCUCGCAGAGGGCGCUGCACGACCCCGUCCCCGCCGGCACGCUGCUGGUGGACAGCUUCGCCUGGGACGGCAACUCGCUGCCCGGGAACGAGUACUGGAGGGGCAAAUUGUCCGCGUCGGGCGACCCCGCCGCCGCCUGCUCGUCGGGCGUGGCGGAGCUGCACAACGCCCUCAUCAACCCGCUCGUGUGCGCCGAGAACCUGCACGUAGUGGCCGGCGGCCGCGUCGAGCACGUGGCCAGGUACGCGGCCAGGGUCGUGGGCGGCGCCUCCGCGUAGGCCGCCCGCGCUCGUGGAGGAUAGCUUAGUAGGUUUAAUGGUGGGACGCGUCUGGGAAGACGUUUCGCCAGCGCUCUAACAAAGCGGAAUCACACACACACGCGCGCG